AAUGGUACUGUGUUAAAUCACAUUGUUUUAGUUAAAAACAAACAUAAAAUAUUGCGAAUCUCUUCUGUUUCAUAAUAUCAAAUUGUCCGUGCGAUGACGACCAAUACGAAUUAUUCCAUUCCAAAGGCGAGCUCCGUAAUUCUGGCGGGUCUUGGCGUGGCCGCCGUGGGAUUCGCCGGAAAGCACCUGAUGCGCCGCAUGCCACAGAUGACCACCAAAUUCAACGAGGCCCUCAAGAACCUGCCCAAAUUCGAUGCGGAGAGCAUGGCCGCAUCCAAAUACUACAAGGGCGGCUUCGAUCCCAAGAUGAACAAGCGGGAGGCGUCCCUAAUCUUAGGUGUCAGCCCCAGUGCGUCCAAGAUAAAGAUUAAGGACGCGCACAAGAAGAUCAUGCUGUUGAACCAUCCGGAUCGAGGAGGAUCUCCCUAUUUGGCGGCCAAGAUCAACGAGGCCAAAGACUUUCUGGACAAAGCGAAGUAGUCAUACUUUCCCCGCCAUUCAGUGCAAAUAAAGUAGUAGUUUGUGAUUAGCAUGUAAGCUGAAAGUCUUAUGCGUUUUAUUACGAGUUGAAAUUACAUUUUUGAGAAUUAUGUCCUGCUCCCAAGGAGUUGUUACUUCAAAAAACAGGACACUUUUUAAUGUUUAUUAACAGUUGAGGAUGUUUAUGCAUAUGUGUUGUGGCAAUAAAAUAGGAGAAGCAUAUCCACACGAUUAUA